AUCGCUCUGGUUAAUGCAAAGUUAUUUUAAAAUAAAGUAUAUAAAACUUUAAAAUAACAUUUUUAAAGAUAAUAGCUUUAAAAUUCUAAAUUAGUUGUUUUGUAAAUAUUGCUUUUUAUUUAUGUGUUAUUUAAGAAUACAUUUUUAGUCUCUGUGAGAAUGUCUUCUUUAUUAUGUGUUAUUUUUUGUAUUGUCUUUUUGUUUAUUAAUAGUUGUGUAGGCAUAAGAGUGUGUCCAAAAUUUUCGGAUUACUAUAAAAGAUCUAGUUCCUGUUACAACAAUGAUAUUGAGAAUCUUAAUAUGACCGAGGUACUUCGACUUUGGGGUUGUACAGCAGAAGAGUAUUAUAUAGUUACCGAUGAUGGCUAUGAGCUACUUAUAGUACGAGCUUAUAAAAAAAUUACUCAUCCGACACCAAUAAUUUUAGCGCAUGGAAUACUCAUGAGCGGAUCAUCGUUUUUAUCAUUAGGAAAUCAAUCGUUAGCUUAUAAUAUUAUCAAAUCAGGAAGGCAGUUGUUUUUCCUCAACUUCAGAGGUACCCGCUAUAGCACGAGACAUACGCAAGGACUUAAGCAAGAUGAUUAUGCUUACUGGAACUUUAGCCUUGACGAGGAGAUUAUCUUUGAUGUUCCAAAAACCAUUGAUCUUGUAUAUAACAUAACAGGCCAAAAGGCCAUUUUUAUGGGUUUUUCUAUGGGAAGCACAGUAUCCAUAGCGUAUGCUACCUUGUAUCCAGAGGAAGCAUCUAAGAAACUAAGUGGUAUAAUAAGUUUAGCAACAGCUUGUUACUUUAGGAACAUUAUUUCAGUUGCAAGAUUUAUUUCACCCUUUUUUUCAUUAGCACAGCCUUUCCUUAGAUUGCUGUGGAACGGAAAAAUGUUCCCCCGUGAACAAGAGCCACUGGGGCUUUGUGCAAGCGGGCCAAUACAGUUCUUUAUAUGUUAUAAUCUUGCAGCUCCAUUCUUAGGAUACGAUUUUAAAGGCGUAUCUCCAGAACAUUUUCCAAUAGUUACUUACUUUUUUCCCGAUGCAGUAGGCGAAACUCUUAUAAAACAUUAUACUCAGUUGUGGGGAUCUGGAGAAUAUCGUAGAUUUGAUUAUGGCAGAGAAGGAAAUUUAAAAAAGUACGGAACUCCCAAACCUCCAUACUAUGAUUUAUCUAAAAUAAAUAUACCAGUUGCGCAGUUUUUGGGAGAAGGAGAUUUUAUAACAACAGUGGAAAAUGGCAAGCUAGUAGACAGUCUUUUAAAUCCAAAUGUAAGGUGUGGGAUAACGAUAAUGAAAUACAAACGGUGGACACACGAUGAUUUUAUUAAUCACCGAGACCAAAUGACAUAUCUAGUCCCUUCAGUUCUUCAAAAACUUGAUAAUAUGGAGAAUUCAAGAUGUUGAAAUAAUUAUUUUUUAAAAUUUGUAUGUAUGUAUGUAU